AUCACUAAGCAUCCACUAAGUUUUCAGUUUCCUUACGGUUAACAACAAACUAACAAAAAAUCAACAUGAAAUUCGUUAUUGUUCUCGUCGCCCUUUUCGGUUUGGCUUUGGCCGCCCCAGCUGCUGAAGAAGCUUCCAUCGUCCGCUCAGACAGCAAUGUCGGUGCUGAAGGAUACCAAUUCGCUGUUGAAACCAGUGAUGGCAAAUCCCACUCCGAAGAAGGACAAUUGAAGAACAUUGGUGCUGAAGAUGAAGCUAUUGUUGUUCGUGGACAAUACCAAUACAUCGGAGAUGAUGGUGUCACCUACUCUGUCAGCUACAUCGCCGAUGAGAACGGUUUCCAACCCCAAGGUGCUCAUUUGCCAGUUGCCCCAUCAGCUUAAGUUUGAAAAUAUUGUUAAUUAGGUUAAAGAAAAAAAAAAUAGAAAGCAUUUAAAAAAAAUAUGAAUUUUAUUUUAAAAGUCUUAAGUA